AUGCUUAAUUCCACGUAUUCGCACCCUUCUGAGCUGACACUCACAUUUGUGGAAAUGGCUGGAAUUAAAUACGCCUACAGCACAUUAAUAUUCCUUUGCUUCGCCGUUAUAGUCGCGUCCAACUGCGCAGUGGUCAGUACCAUAGUGGCGCACAGGAGUCUGCACGAGCCCAUGUACAUUCUCAUUGCCGCUCUGUCUGUUAAUGGACUCUAUGGAAGCGCUGCUUUUUUCCCCAAUUUAUUUAUCAACCUCCUGUCCAAGUCCCACACCAUUCCCUAUGUUGCGUGUAUAAUACAGAUGUUCGGGCUCCAUACGUACGUAGGCUGCGAGAUGGCCAUUUUGGCGGUUAUGGCGUAUGACCGCUACGUGUGUAUCUGUAUCCCAUUGAGAUACAACAGCCUCAUGUCCUUAUACACGGUGCUCAGACUCAUUGCUGCCGCUUGGGUUUAUGCCGUCGUACAAUUUACUGUACAGCUGGUUCUGACGGUCCGGUUGCCAUUGUGCGGCUCGGUGGUGCAGAAGUUCUACUGUGACAACUGGUCAGUAGUGAAACUCUCGUGCGUUGAUACCACAGCGAAUAACAUCUACGGACUCUUUAUCACGGCAGUUAUACUCGGGUUGAUACCAGGAACUGUUCUAAUCUCAUAUCUGCGGAUAUUGAGGGUUUGUGUGCGGUCCUCCAGCACCCACAGAUCCAAAGCCUUGCAGACCUGCACCCCCCAUAUGAUGUCCCUCACCUAUUUCAUACUGGACCUGAUCUCCGAAGCCCUUCUGAAUCGCUCUCCGGCCAAUGUUCUGCCCAUCGAGCUGAGAGUUCUCAUAUCGGUGCAAGUCUUUGUUAUUGCCCCGUUCCUAAACCCCCUGAUAUACGGUCUGAAACUGAAGGAGAUACGAGUGAAAGCCAAACACAUGUUUUGUAAAGUGAAAAUUUUUGGGGUGGAUGGAAAAAUAGGGGCACAAUGA